AUGUAUAUCGCAGUUGUAGGAUGUGUUCAUGGCGAACUUGAGCUGAUGUACAAUACUAUAAAAGAGCUUGAAAAUGAGCGCGGCGUUAAAGCUGACAUCAUCCUUUGUACUGGAGAUUUCGAAGCAAUGAGAAACGAAGACGAUCUAAGGACUUUGACAUGCCCACAAAAGUAUCGCACAAUGGGCGAUUUUUGUAAAUAUCAUAAUGGCGAGUUCCAAGCUGAAACAUUGACUUUAUUUAUUGGAGGAAAUCAUGAAGCUGUAGGACAUAUGAAAGAGCUGCCUUGAGGAGGAUGGGUAGCACCAAAUAUCUAUUAUAUGGGCAGAGCAGGAGUCAUGAAAUUUGGAGACUUAAGAAUUGCUGGAAUUUCUGGGAUUUUUCAUAAGCAAAGCUAUAAAUUGCCAUUACCUGAACAAGCUAUAACAGAAGAUGAGUGCAAGUCCUUAUUCAGAGUAAGAGUUUUCGAUGUAGAUAAACUAUUGAGAAUUCGCUCACCAGAUAUAUUUUUAUCACAUGAUUGACCGAGAGGAAUUUAUCGACAUGGAAAUACAGAAGAGUUGCUAAAAAUUAAACCUUUUUUGAAAGAUGAAAUAAGAAUUGGGUCAUUGGGAAGUCCUGCGGGUAAAAUGCUUUUGGACCAUUUAAAACCGAAAUAUUGAUUUGCGUCGCAUAUGCAUGUAAGAUUUUUAGCACAAACACAAUCAACAAAAUUUUUAGCGCUGGAUAAGGCAAUCAGAGGAAGGAGGUUUGUAGAAAUUUUAAGGAUUGAGGGAGAGCCAGGCCCAUUUGAACCUGAUCAAGAGUGGCUAAAUAUUAUUGAAAAUUAA